AUGUCCACAGUUAAUUACCAGGCAGUGUUAAUCCACUGGGUUGAUGGCGUCGUUGGUUAUCGGGUCUCACAUUACACUCUUACCAAUGACACAGAAGAUCUUCAGUUCGAAUCUGUGUCAACUCAUCAGCGGAAGAAGCCAGGACCUUCAUUCAAUGACGUUGGCAGGUUGAGCGACGAGCAUUCAUCUGCCAUUAGUUACGAAGAUUUGCUCAUUCACGCUCCAGCCUCCAGAUUUGAGAAACGUUCCUUGGUGCUAUGGCUUCGAGCUGCAUUUCCCCAUGUCACUAUCAGCAUCUCGGCAGCUGUGAAACGUUACUUAGAUACUGGGUACCAAGCGUCUACGUUCAUCUCCUUUGAUUUCUUGAAAAAGGAUACGCGUUAUUUUAUGGUGCUGACCGAUUCGAAGAGUUUGGAUAAGAGGCUUCGUAGGAAGACUUGGUGGAUCAGAUUACAGAAAAUUUUCCAAGACGAUGCCGUCGCCGAUGAACUUCGUUUUACAGAGUAUUUUCUCGAUUACAUUGACGAUAUUGUGCGGAAACCAGAGCAGAAACAGAGAGAGUACCACGAGCCAGAAAUAUUUGGACAAAAGCAGGCGAAAGAUCCUCAUGGUCUUCAACCUAGUUCGACGAAAAAGUUGAUGCGUCAAGGCGAUACAGCGAGGAGCAUAGUCACCGAUAAUCGAUCCGCCUUUCAUGCAGGACCAGAAUCCUGUACGCAGCUAGAAUGAAAUAAACAUGCUAGGUGUGUACAAAGCGAUCUGUGAAACGUACGAGAGUCUGCACCAAAUGUUCUACGCACUUCAACCUUCAUGUCCACGAUUUCCGCCACCAGUU